CAUCAGGUUUCCACGUGUCCCGUCGCGGAUCGCCUCCGAGUCUCUGAGAUCAUCUCCUCACGAGUUUCUGGUCAUGCUACAUCUUGAACGUUUCGCUCCCACCCACUCACCCAAAGCUCAACUCGCCCAGCUGACUCAAACCCCGCGGCUUGCAUCCACUUGGUCCCGAUUCAAUAACCCACUCAAACCCGCUUUCUCCGAUUCUAUGGAGCACAGACAGUUGCAUCCUCAUUGCGAUCAUCCUCAACACUCCCCCUUGCUUCUCUAGAAACCUCCAGAACCUUCUCUCUGUUGACUUCUGUUUUUCCACGAAUCGGGAUGGCUCCGCUUCAUUCGAUUCUGCUCUUCUUCGCACUUCUCUGUAUCGUUCGUGCUCUCGAAGCUAGCACUGGCGACGCUGAUCCGAUUUACAAGGCUUGUGUGGACAAGUGUGAGAAAACUGGAUGCGUAGGAGAGAAAUGUUUCCAACAUUGUAAAUUCUCAUCUGAUGGAAAAUCUAUUGAUGGUCCAUGGUAUCUGCAAGAACCACUUUAUCUGAGGUGGAAACAAUGGGACUGCCGCACUGACUGUAGAUACCACUGCAUGCUAUCUAGGGAGGAAGAAAGAGAGCAACUUGGUGAUAGGCCUGUCAAAUAUCAUGGGAAAUGGCCAUUUCGACGUGUUUAUGGGAUUCAGGAACCUGUUGCCGUUGCUCUGUCUGCCCUCAAUCUUGCUAUGCAAUUUCAUGGUUGGCUAUCCUUUUUCAUCCUUUUAUAUUACAAACUGCCUUUGAGGCCUGAUAAGAAGGCAUAUUACGAGUAUACUGGCUUGUGGCAUAUCUAUGGAAUUUUAUCGAUGAAUGCCUGGUUCUGGAGUGCUGUUUUUCACAGUCGAGAUGUGGAGUUGACAGAGAAGCUAGAUUUUUCAUCUGCUGUGGCCUUUCUUGGGUUUAGCCUGAUUGUAGCAUUACUGCGAGCUUUUAAUGUGAGGGAUGAAGCUACAAGGGUCAUGGUCGCUGCUCCGCUGCUCGCAUUUGUGACAACACAUAUCUUGUAUCUGAACUUCUACAAACUUGAUUAUGGUUUGAAUAUGAAAGUGUGUGUAGCCAUGGGUGUUGUCCAACUUCUUGUAUGGUCAAUCUGGGCUGGAGUCACUUGCCACCCAUCCCGCUGGAAAUUAUGGUUGGUGAUUUUGGGUGGUGGCCUUGCAAUGCUGUUGGAGGUGUAUGACUUUCCACCCUACCGAGGAUUCGUCGAUGCUCAUGCACUUUGGCAUGCGACCACUGUCCCUCUCACAUACGUCUGGUGGAGUUUUAUCAGGGACGAUGCAGAGUUUAGGACAUCGUCUCUCCACAAGAAGAUGAAGUAGCAUAUCGAAAUUGAACGCUUGAACUAAUGAGCUGGUGGAUUGCACGAAGUACAAGGCAUGCUCGCCUCACUGUUAAUACAUCGAAUGUACUCUCUCUCUCUCUCUCUCACCUCUGGGUAUGCAGUUUGUUGGAGUGCUUCCCAUGACAGGUCUCUUUGCUUUGCUUUUUGCUUGAUAACAACCAAUUUGUUUUUCCACAUAAUAUGUGGGAUAUUUUUGUAAUGGAACUUACAUUUCCCGUUCUCUUUUUACUUCCCCCAUUUGGCAAUUUCAUAGCUAUUAGAUGUAAGAAUCAAAACAACCAUUGCAACUAUAUUUUGCUGUGAAAACUUUGUGUAGCCUGUUCAUACUCA